AUGUCGCAGGUAUAUACAUCAUCCACUAUACCGUUAAGUUUCAAUCCACAACAUGACGGGCAUCUGCAAUGGCAGCAUAUCCCUCCUAGUUCUUCAGGAAGUACGCCAUCCGAGUCUGAAUCAUUUUUGGAUAACGCAUCGCCAAUCAUUAAUUGUAUGUUAGCUGGUGGUUUUGGGGGAAUAGUUGGAGAUUCUGCUAUGCACUCUUUAGACACAGUCAAAACGAGACAACAAGGAUUUCUGUAUCAGCUUAAAUAUAGAAGCAUGAUACCAGCAUAUUUGACAAUUUUCAAAGAAGAGGGAUUUUUUAGAGGCUUGUACGGAGGAUAUACCCCAGCCAUUCUCGGUUCUUUUCCUUCUACGGCUGCAUUCUUUGGGACCUAUGAAUAUACCAAAAGAAGGCUUAUCAAUGACUUCUACUUCAACGAAACUAUCUCUUAUUUCAUUGCCGGUGUCUUAGGAGACUUGGCUUCAAGUGUUUUCUAUGUUCCAUCAGAAGUCUUAAAGACAAGAUUGCAAUUACAAGGAAAAUACAACAAUCCAUAUACCAAAGGAUGUGGUUACAAUUAUAAAGGUUUAACAAAUGCGGUUACGUCAAUAUGGAAAAAGGAGGGGCCUUCAACCUUGGUUUUUGGAUAUAAAGAAACAUUAUUCAGGGAUUUACCAUUUAGUGCCUUACAAUUUGCAUUUUAUGAGAAAAUUAGGCAGUUCGCCAUCUAUUAUCAUAAAUCAGACGAUUUACCGGUUUCAAUAGAGUUAUUCACAGGUGCCUCGGCCGGUGGAUUGGCUGGUAUUUUAACAACGCCGUUAGAUGUUAUCAAAACUAGAAUUCAAACUGCAACCACAACUACAGCCGCUGCAUCUCUGGAGAAGUUGACAAAGAAUCCCCCCAACAUAAAUCCAAUAUUCAAAAUAUUAGAUAAGUCAUCAACAAUAAAAGCUUUAAGAUCGAUCUAUAAAAUUGAAGGGGUAUUUGGAUUAUUCUCCGGUGUUGGACCUAGGUUUAUUUGGACAGGAAUUCAAAGUUCUAUCAUGUUGUUAUUGUAUCAAGUUGCACUUAAAAAAUUUGACCAAUAUUUGGAGUCAGGAUUGACAAAUUGA